UAUAUAUACUUACAGUAUACUAUGAUGUUAAUACAUUUACACAAACACAUAAUUUAAUUAUAUGGUAGUUUGAGAGUAUAUUAGCUAUUAGGGGAUCAGGAAAAGCUUCAAGCACCUAGGCUGCAGCUUGGAGGAGGAGAAAAACUCUUUGAGGUAGAGGUAAGAAAGGAGUGUAUUCCUGGAGUAUAGGAUAGAUAUACAGUGCAAAUGCACAGAGAUGGGAGAUUAAUGCCCUAAAUAAGAAGAGAACAAACAGCUUGACUAAUUGGCAGAGUUGGAAGGAGAAUAAUGUGCAAUGGGGAGCUGGAAAGAUAGAUGUGGGUCACGUUUUGAAGAGACAUAGAACAUUGGAGGAGUUAAUAUUUUGUCCUAGAGGCAAGGAAGCCAUUAGAAUAGGUCAAGAAGAGAGUUACCCUGUCACAUUUGCACUUCAGGAAAAUCAUUUUGACAUCAGUGAAGAGAAUGACCUGGAGUCAUGAGAAAUCUGAGGCAGGGCUAUUGCAAUCAUAUAGACUAGAGGUGAUUGGGACCUCAAGGCAGUUGUAGCUGCAUGAGUGGAGAGAAGGGAUCAGUUUCAAGAGUUGUUGUGCAAAAGAUGAUUUUGUCAUAUCCUUUCCCUUAUUUUGAGGUAGUGGACCCAUUAAUGAAAAGGUAAGAGGUGUGUGUGUGUGUGUGUGUGUGUGUGUGUGUGUGUGUGUGUGUGUGUGUGUGCAUGCAAUAUUUGUUCUUUCUGAAGGGGAUUAGUAAGGGCCUCCAAAGCCAUCUAUUCCCAUUAGGAAAACUUGGAAAUGAUAGCAUUAAAAGGUUCUCUAGGGGGCAGCUGGGUAGCUCAGUGGAUUGAGAGCUAGCCCUAGAGAUGGGAGGUCCUAGGUUUGGAUCUGGCCUCAGACACUUCCCAGCUGUGUGACCCUGGGCAAGUCACUUGACCCCCAUUGCCUGGCCCUCACCACUCUUCUGCCUUGGAGCCAAUACACACAGUAUUGACUCCAAGCCGGAAGGUAAAGGUUUAAAAAAAAAAGGUUCUCUAAAUUGUCUCAGAACCACCUGAACUACACAGUGUAGUUUAAUACAAGGUACUCUAUGAAGGACAUUAGCCAUUGGAGGACAUUGGGGAAGGGGAGUCAGGAGAGGCUUCAAACUCAGUAUUGUAACCUGACCCACCUCACACCUAGCAGAUUAGCCAAUAUGAUAGUAAAGGAAAAUAAUAGAUGUUGGAGGGGUCGUGGCAAAAUUGGGACACUAAUGCAUUGCUGGUGGAAUUGUGAAUUGAUCCAACCAUUCUGAAAGGCAAUUUGGAAUUCUGCCCAAAAGGCUUUAAAAGGAUGCAUACUCUUUGAUCCAGCCAAACCUGCUGGGUUUGUACCCCAAAGAGAUAAUAGGGAAAAAUAAUUAUACAAAAAUAUUUGUAGCUGCACUCUUUGUGGUGGCAAAAAAGUGGAAAAUAAGGGGGUGUCCAUCAAUUGGGGAAUGAUUGAACAAGUUGUGGUAUCUGAUGGUGAUGGAAUACUAUUGUGCUCAAAGGAAUAAUGAAAUGGAAGAAUUCCAUGGGAAGAGGAACAAUCUCCAGGAACUGAUACAGAGGGAAAGGAGAAGAACCAGGAGAACAUUUUACACAGAAACUGAUACACUGUGGCACAGUAGAAUGUAAUGAACUUGUCUACUACCAGCAAUGCAACGAUCCAGGACAAUUCUGAGGGACUUAUGAGAAAGAACACUAUCCACAUCCAGAGAAAGAACUGUAGGAGUAGAAACGCAAAAGAAAAACAUAUGAUUGGUCACAUAGUUCGAUGGGGAUAUAAUUGGGGGUGUCGACUUUGAAUGAUCAUUCUAUUGCAAAUACUAAUGAUAUGGAAAUAGGCUUUGAACAUGUAAAGCCCAAUGGAAUUGCUCUUUGGCUCUGGGGGAGGGGAGGGAAAGAACACAAAUCAUGUAACCAUGGAAAAAUAUUCUAAAUCAAUUAAUCAAUUUAAAAAAAGAUGGUAACCUGAGCCACAUUUUAGAAGCAUUUUUUGCAUUAAAUUUAAUAUUUUUAAUGAAAAAAAAUAAAUUUCUCUCCUAACCAACUUGCUCCCACCAUCGGGAAAAUAAACAAAAAACUCUUGUAACAAAAAUGCCUAACCCCCACAAAACAAAACAAAACCCCUCCCACAUUGGUCAUAUCUAGAUAUAAAUUUGGAUAUGUGUCUUAUUCUGUACUUAGUCUGUGUGUGAGGUGGGCACUAUGUGUGUGUGCCAUCAUUGGUACUCUGGAAUUAUGGUUGGUCAUUGUAUCACUCAGAGUUCUUACAACUUUCGUAGUUGUUUUUAUAAUGUUAUUGUUACAUGCAUUGUUCAUCUGGUUCUGCUUACUUUACUCUCCUCAGUUCACAUGAGUCUUCUCAGGCUUCUCUGAAAUACUGCUUACUUCUUAAUUUCUUAUGGUGCAAUAGUAUUCCAUUAUAUUUAUUCCAAGUUGUGUCUGAAAGGAAAAGGGGGAUUUGUCAAUGAAGAAGUAAAGAGGAAUUACAUUCCAGACAUGGGGAAUGGCCAGUGCAAAGGUGCAGAGAUGGGAGGUUCUGUGUCAUGAGAGAAGAACAGAAAGAAAGCCAGAUUGGUUGGACCAAAAGAGAUUCAGAGCCUCUCUUAUUUCUAUUUCCUCCUUUGGAGUUCCCUCUGCUUCUUGGGCAGGCAAGAUCUGUAUGGAUUGGGUAUCCCUGGAACUAGAGUGGAUUAUGGCAAUGAAAAAAGAAGGCUGGAUUUAGGAUCCAUCAGAUCUGAAUUCAGAUUCUUCCCCUAACACUUUCUAGCUGUGGUAGUAUGGUUUAUCAAUCAAUUAACAGACAUGUAUAUGCCAUAUAUUCUAGACACUGCAUUAAGGACAGUGGAUAAUCAAGAUCAAAGUGAAAGUCUUCACCCUCAAGGAGUUUAUGUUCUAUUGAAGGGAAACUAUGUGUGCACAUAAGAAAAUUCAAAGUUAUACCCAAGGUAAUCUUGCAGGGGGUGCCCUGGUAGCUGGAUGGGACCAGGAAAUGCUUCUUGAGCUACCUUGGGAAGAAGCUAGGGAUUCCAAGAGGACCAUGUGAAGGGGGAGGCACUAAUUUAGGGUUAGGCAAGAAGAGCAAAAAUAGAGUGCCAUGUGUGAUGGACAGCAAGAAGGGCAAUUUGAUUGAACCUCUGAGUUCAUGCAGUUGAGUAUUAAUAUAUAUCAAGACUGGAAAGUUGUUGGAGUCAGGUAGUAAAAAGGCUUCCUUAACAGGGGGGGCCUGCCCUCAGAGAUCACCUUUCAUUUAGACUAUAUAGAUUUUGUAUGUACAUUUUUUUUCAUGAUGUUUUAUGAGAAUGAGAGCACUUUAAGGGCAGGGAUCACAUCUUUUCCAUUCUUAGUUUCCUAGAUGCUUCCAGCAGUGCCUGACUUAAAAAAUGCUUGUUGAGGGGCAGCUAAAUGGCUUAAUGGAUAGAGAAAGUCAAGUCUGAAGACUGAGAGGUUCUGGGUUCAAAUGUGACCUGGGACACUCCCUAGCUGUUUGACCUUGGGCAAGUCACAUAACCACAAUUGCCUAGCCCUUACCAGUCUUCUGCCUUGGAACUGAUUCUAAGAUAGAAGAAGAUUAGAUUGUUGUUUUUUUUUUUAAUGCUUUUUUAAAAACAGAUUUAACCUCUCAGACUUCUCAUUUCUUUAUAACAGCGAUGUCAAGUAUAGUUCCUGUGUAGAGGCUGUGUUAAAAGCAUACGAAACCUUAGGGACUCUAAAGGUCUGUUUAUAAAAGUCAGCUAUUUUUGUCACUACCUUGUGACCUUGGGGCACGCCAUUUCCUCCCUCUGGGCCUCAGUUUCCGCAUUUGCCCCGUGUGGGUCUGGGCCAGUCCUCCUCAGAACCCUGCGAUUCUUGGAGAAGGCUCCCUGACUCUCCCUUUACCUUCACAGCCCGCCACCAUGGAGCCGCAGCCCAAGGGCUGGCUUGGCCCCUGCACUGCAGUGCAGUGAGAAGGCUGGGUGGCCUCUUGGCUCUUGCUGAUCUCAUCGAUCAAAGCAGCCCCUGCUCAACCCCACGGGGCUCUGCUCUACCUGGCCAGCCCUCCGGCUUUCUCUCCUCUCCUACGUUCUUUCAGGGGCCCCUCCCCCAGCAUCUUUCUUUCUCUGACCUCCCCCCCUCCACUCUCCUGUUUCCCUCUCCGCCACCCCCUUCCCCCACCCCACCUCCCAAUGCUUCGGGAUGAUUUCAUUUUACACGACAGCGCAUCCCUGUCAAAGCAAAUUAAGAGAAAUUAAUGCGUGAGGCUUGAACAGACUGGGAAGCGUUUGGAAGUCGUGGCAGGAUGGGCAGAGAGGAGGGCAGCCUGUGGGAAGGAAGACGGAGCCCCACUUAGUGAGCUGUCUUGGUCCUCGUCUCUUGCUGUGGUGGCUGUUUCUUUCUCUGGACUCUUUACCUUCAUCUUCCUCAUGCUGGCUUGCCUGUGCUGUAAGAAGGGAAACAUCGGGUUCAAGGAGCCCCCAGGGAACCCUGGAUCAGGAUCCACGGCUCACGGGAGGUCUCCGUCUCCGCUUCCCCCCCACCAGGAGUUUGAGAAUGCUGAGGGUGACGACUACACCACCGAGUUCUCCGUGCAGGGGUCUCCGGCCACGCAGAAUGGCCCCGAAGUGUAUAUACUGCCCCUCACUGAGGUCUCACUCCCCAUGGCCAAGCAGCCUGGGAGAUCAGUUCAGCUGCUCAAGUCCACAGACCUGGGACGCUACAGCCUCCUGUACCUGAAGGAGAUUGGCCAUGGCUGGUUUGGGAAGGUAUUCCUGGGUGAGGUCAAUUCGGGCAUCAGCAGCACCCAGGUGGUGGUGAAGGAGCUCAAGGUGAGCGCCAGCGUUCAGGACCAGAUGCAGUUCCUCGAGGAGGCCCAGCCAUACCGGGCUCUUCAGCACAGUAACCUGCUUCAGUGUCUGGCCCAGUGUGCAGAGGUGACUCCGUACCUGCUAGUGAUGGAGUUCUGCCCCUUGGGAGACCUCAAGGGCUAUCUGCGUAGCUGCCGGGUGGCAGAGUCCAUGGUCCCAGAUCCCCUGACCUUGCAGCGGAUGGCUUGCGAGUUGGCCUGUGGAGUCCUUCACUUACACAAGAACAACUAUGUGCACAGUGACCUAGCCUUGAGGAACUGCUUACUCACUGCAGACCUGACUGUGAAAAUUGGGGACUAUGGCCUAUCUCACUGCAAGUACAAAGAUGACUAUUUCGUGACGGCCGACCAGCUGUGGGUGCCACUACGCUGGAUUGCCCCUGAACUCAUUGAUGAAGUGCACAGCAACCUCCUCGUCGUGGACCAGACCAAGGCCAGCAAUGUCUGGUCACUGGGUGUGACAAUAUGGGAACUGUUUGAGCUGGGCGCCCAGCCCUACCACCACUACUCUGAUCGCCAGGUGCUUACCUACGCCAUCAAAGAACAGCAGCUCAAGUUACCCAAGCCCCAGCUGAAGCUGUCGCUCUCGGACCGCUGGUAUGAGGUGAUGCAAUUCUGCUGGCUCCAGCCUGAGCAGAGGCCCACGGCAGAGGAGGUGCACCUGCUGCUGUCCUACCUGUGUGCCAAGGGGACCACGGAGGCUGAGGAAGACUUUGAGAAGCGAUGGAAGUCCCUGAAGCCCAGCGGGACCAAUGGAGCCAGCCACCUGGGGAGUGCGGCCGAGCUGUCCUCCAGUUUCCCGCUCCUGGAGCAGUUCUCGGGGGAUGGCUUCCAUUCAGAUGGGGAUGACAUCUUGACGGUGAUGGAGACCAGCCAUGGACUCAAUUUCGAGUACAAGUGGGAACCCAGCCGAGCUGAGGCCUUCCAGACUCCCACGGGGACCCUCAGUCCCCGCCAUGCUGCUCACUACCAGGACCUCUACUACCCAGCCAGCUCCUCAGUCAGCCACCUGAGCCUAGGGGUUUCACCCUCCUGCUAUGAGUGCCCACCGCCGGGGGUGGUGCCCAUCCUCAGUGCCCACAGCCCUUCUGUGAGCAGCGAGUACUAUAUUCGCAUUGAAGAACCAGCUGACUGUGAUCUGGACUUCACCAUGUGUUCCUCCAGCCCCGAGUGCCAGCAGGCGUCCCCUGAGGCGGCUGCCACCCCUUGGCAUGACAAAGAAGGACCUGUGGGGGGUGCUUACGACUCAGACAGCAGCCCUACUGUGUCCCUGACUAUGGAACCACUCCUGGGGCAAGGACCCACUGGGGAGGGGCCCUGGGAUCACCCCGACUACUACUCCCAUAUGAGCUGUAGCAAAGACUCGCUCUGUUACCAGCCUUCCCCUGCAGGGGUUUCACGGACUGAAGACAGUUUGUUGGGGGAAUGCAGGGAGGGUGCCAGCAAAGACUGGGGCAUUCCAGGCUUCCACCAGUCUUUUUUUGAGGACCCCCUAGGAGUGUCCCCCUCGGGGAAUUCUGCAACCCGGGAGUCACCAGGCGGGGAGGAGGCAGUGGUGGGAGAAUCAAAGGAACAGGGAGCCCUGGGCAGCCCUCCUGAAUCGGUAACAAUAGAGCUAGGGGAGCCGGAGAGUCUGCCCAGCAGUAACACCCAGCGUGAAGCCACUGAGGAGGCGAGCUUGGCUGCCCAGCAAAGACACUGGACCUCAAACAUGUCUGCCAAUAACAACAUCAACAGUGGCUGCCCCCCUGACACCUGGGCCACUCACUUUGUAGACUCGUACUUGGGGUCAGAAGGCCCAGCUACAGGACCUGACCCACGCGAGAUCCCUGCCACAGACUGUCUGCCAGACCCCCUGCCCCUUCCCGAGGCUCCUGGCUUAGAGGCAGCUUUCCCUGGGCAGGAGCUGGGGAGCCCCCCUACCUUUGUUCAACACUGCCAGGCAAACGAGGACCCAGCCCUGGUUGCCAUCUCUCCCUCGCAGGUGAUAGAUGUAGAAACUGCCGAGAAUGGGGGUGUCGAUUGUGGGGCGGAUCCAGGAGCCUCUGAGGAGGCUGUCGCCCCAUCUGCCUCCCCAGCCCCGUCUCCCUUGCCCUCUCCAUCCCAAGACAGAGACCCACUUCUCAGCAGGGCAGCGGGCAAUCUCGCCCUUGUUCCCAAGCCAGAGUCCCCUGGGCCGUGGGACACUAGCCAGAACAAGAGCCAGGAGCCAGAGCAGACGCUGGACAGCAGCGGUAGCUUCCCUGAGCUAGAAGGGCCAGGGAGUGAGGAUGAGGACACGACGGAGGCCACCUCUGGGGUCUUCACAGACUUUUCCAAUGACUUCCUUCCCGAGAAGCCCGACACGACCCCCGCAUUCCGGUCCCUGCAGAAGCAGGCGGGAACUCCGGAUUCCCUGGAGUCACUGGAUAUCCCAUCCACAGCCAGUGAUGGUGGGGAGAUAUCUAGCCCGACAGUGUCCUACCCGGCGGCUGGGCAGCCCCGGGCCCUAGAUAGUGGCUAUGACACAGAGAACUAUGAGUCCCCCGAGUUUGUCCUGAAAGAGCCCCAUGAGCCUCGGGACCCUGAGGACUUUGGGCCCCUAGAGAAGGAGGAUGAGAGCCCUGGAUUAGAGAUGCGGCUUUCUUCCUCCAUCAGUGCCGAGCUGCAUGGUCUGAACGAGAAAAACCCCUAUCGAGACUCGGCCUACUUCUCUGACUAUGACACAGAGCCAGAGCGGCCUGCCCAGGGGAAAGAGGAGGAGGAGGAGGAGGACAGUGAGGCUGGGGAAGGAGAGCCUAGCCCAGUGGGCUCUGAGGCCCCAGGGCUGUCCCCCAAUAAUCAGGAAAUAGCAACAGUGGAGGAAGCAGGUGCUCGGCCUCCUCAUUCUCCUUCUGGGGAGCCCCCUCCAGAGGUGACAGUCAGCCCUGCCAUCAAAGAGCAAGACCAGGAGAGCCCCACGGAGCAGGCAGAUGGGUUGGUCCCUGCUCUUGCCCCUGAGUCUGCUCCCACCCCUGCCCCUGCCCCUGCCCCUGCCCCUGCCCCUGCCCCUGCCCCUGCUCCUGCCUCUGCCCCUACCCCUGCUCCUGCUUCAUCCAAAAUAUUCUCCCUGACCCCUGUCCUGCCAAGUCCAGAGGACAGUGAGGUUGAGGCAAGCUGCCACAAAGCCCAGGAGGCUCCAGGCCUGUUCCCCACCCCAGCAGACCUGGUUCCUGGGGCAGAGGUGCAGGAACGAAAGGGGGCCACAACCUGUGAGGUCCCCCUGGGCCCCAAAGCAAAGGCAGGGGAGAAGCCGGCCCCACGCCCAGCCCCUCUGUGCCUGGACCUGUCGGAUCUCCCGGCUCCCAAGGAGAGUCGGCCGGCAGAAGAGGAAGAGGAAGAGGACUCGGAGGACAGUGAGGAGUCUGACGAAGAGCUGUGCUGCUAUAACAUCCAGGAGCAGAGUGAGGAGAGUGAAGAGGAACCCGCUGCUGUGCCCAUCGUGGUGGCCGAGAGCCACAGUGCCCGGAACCUGCGCAGUCUCCUCAAGAUGCCCAGCCUCAUGUCCCAGUCCUUCUGUGAGGACCUCGACCGCAAGAAAAAGGCCGUUUCCUUUUUUGACGAUGUUACCGUCUACCUCUUCGAUCAGGAAAGCCCCACUAGAGAACUCGGGGAGCAGCAGUUCCCUGAGAUGAAGGAAUCGACUUCCUCAUUCCUGCCAAGCAGCCCCAGUUCCCUGAACCCAUCUGACCGACUCAGUGCAGCAGACAGUUUCUCUGACAGGACUGCCUCUGAAGAGAGUGAGCCUGGUGGUGGGUUCGAGUGGGACGAUGACUUCCCACUAAUGCCAGCCAAGUCAUCUUUUGUGUCUUCACCGGGGCCUGGGAUGCCAGACUCCAUGCUGCCCAACCUACCAACCCCACCGAAGCAGGUGCUGCCCGUCCAGUUUUCCCGCUUCACUGUGUCUCCCACCCCAGUCUCCCGAUUCUCCAUUACGCAUGUCUCUGACUCAGACAUUGAGUCUGUAGGAGGAAGCAGUGAAGACGGUGACAGAGAAUAACUUGGGCCUGGAAGGCACUUCGGAAUCUCUUGUGCCAGCGUGGCUCUGUGGACCAGGGCAAGAAGAGACGCCCCUCCCGGCCCCAAGACGAAGCGGCGGAGGAGAUGGGGGGGUGGGUUGUCAAGAACUUGGCUCUAUUUUUUUAGACAGAUUUUAUCAGAGGCAUUUGGUUUGCUGCUAGCUCACAGAGACAUCACCCCCCAACCCCCCGCCUUCUGCCCCUUUGUCCGGUACAGGUGCAGCCAUGGAUGAUGGUCUAUGUGGACAUAUGUGCUUGAAGGCAUGCGGGUUUGUGUAUAAAUAUACAUAUAUAAAUGAUAGCGUUAAAGGGUAGACUUGCAGAAUCCUGCUCCCAUUCUUACCUUCCCCCCUUGAAGGGAGUCAAUACAACCCCAGUACUGCUUGCUCCUUCCUCUGGUCUGUGACUUCUCGGGGCUCACCCCUUCCUGCUGCCCCAGUGCCUAGUGAACCCCUGCUUCCUAGAGCUGUAGUGGGGAUGGGAGCCCAUGUCUGCUGCUCCCAGGGCCUUCCUCUCUGCCCCUGCUCCCUCGGAUCCUGCUGUACAUACAUUGGAUUUCUGAAUCUCCGCCCUAGUGUCAUUCAGUAAUACUGUCUCCCUCAGCUUCCUACUGGGACGUGUUUCUGCCUUGUCUCCUUCAACUCAUUUAGACGGCUCCUAGCCGGACCCUCCCCAUCCUCCUACCCUCCUGCCUCCUUUCUGCCAGGAGCUGGGUCUGCUGGAAGAUGGGCCAACGGGCGGGAGUCCCACACCCCUUCCUUAGUGUUUGCCUUUUUUUAUUGCCAUGUUUUGUUUUGUUUUUGUCCCUUCAGCCCUUCCCAAGCAGAAAUCUGGGCAACAUUUCCAGAACAGCUGUUGCUGUGGAGGGGGAAAGCGAAAGGGUCUUCCCCUCCAGAAAACAAGAUUUCCUCACCCCAGGGCCUUGGUGCUUUGGGGCAAUGGGAAGGGGUAGGUGUCACUACCAGCACAGCCUCAUCAGGGAGACAAUGGGGCUUCUGGGGUUCCCUGUCCUGCUACAGGUCCUAUUCUAGAGGUUGCUGAGGGGGAAUUUAGGACAACCUCUGUCUACAGGGCACACAGGCAAUAUAUGGGAGAGCUUACUAGGCUAACUGCCCUGGUCUGCCAAGGAGAGCAUGGAGGGAACUCCUUCCACUUGACUGUCCAUUUCCAUGUUCAGUUUUGGGGUCCCUCUUCCCCCUUGCUCAGGCGCUAAGGAACAAUUGGGGGGCAGGGUAAUAGCAAAUGGGGCUCAGCGGGAAUAUUUUUAUAAUGGUGAAUGCAGAGAGAAUGGGACCAUGAUAAUUUUAAGUUAUUGUUGCCAAAGAGAUGUAAAGAGUUUAUUGAAGGGGUGGGGGUGGGGUGGGAGUGGGCAAGGGUGGGGUGGGAAGGGACCUUAUUUUUGGUUUAUCCUUUUUUUUUUUUAAUUAUUCAUUUGAGGCUUAGAAUGCUGGUGCAAUGAUUUUUUUUCUUUAUUUAAAAAGAAAUUAAGCUAAGAAAAAAGCCUUUAAGCCAAGAGAGUGUGUUCUCCUUUGGGGCCAAUAGACCAACCCCUGUAGGUCGCAGCCUUGGGAGAUGAGAGUGGGAAGAAGGGUAGGCGAAUGAUAACGCGUGUAUGUGUAUGCCCACAUUGUGCAAGAACAUUGUGGGGGAGAGCACAGCGUAGCUUUCUGUGGGUAGGUGGCCCACAUGUUCCAGCAUGUGUGUGUGUGGCAGGUACAGCUGGGCCUUGUGCGAGUUGCUAGGGCAAUGUCAGCCUCACCUAUGGGGGGGGGGGUGCAGAGUCUCCUGCCUGGGGGUGGAGACCAUUGAAUGUUUUCCCAUGAUGUGCUUGUAUUCUGGUGUGAUUCAAACAUGUUAUAGCUUGAAAGUUCAGCCCUGCUGGCAUCUAUUUCUAGAAAGGUAAGAGGCGUAGAACCCGCAGAUCCUUCCGAUGGAUGUUUCUGAAGACAGGCCUUUCCUAGCCCCUGUGUAUGCCAGGCUCUGGGCCUCUAGGCACUAUUAACUAAGUGUCCCCCUUGCUGUCUCUGGAAGUCCCAGAGGCAUCCUCCGACGAUGGGAGGGAGGAAAGGAAUGGGACAGACCCCAACUGAAGAGUCUGGCUGCACUUUUAAUGGCUGUGGGUAAAAUGAGGCGACAGAAAGCAUAGGCCAAUCAGACUCACUCCUGGGUUUCCCCUUUUCUGGAGAGACAGCCCUGGUCUCCACCUCCCCUCUUCCCCUAGCCAGGCUGGGCCCUCCAGUGUCUCCCUUCCGAGAGUGAUCUAACUUAGAUGUCCACAGCUGAAGGGCAGCUGUGGUUGCCUCCUCUCCAGCUUUCCCUUCGUGGUCUUGGAGAUGAGACUUUACAGAGUUCCUGUCUGAAGGCUCUGGGCUCCAGAUCUCAGGGCAGGAAGUGGAAUGAGGAGGACCAAAAUUGUGACCCGAGGACAGGGUGGCACCUGGGAAUAAAGAAGUGUGGGUCUCCUGGAAGGGGGGUCCUGUUUCAGAAAGGGGCCCCUGGUGACAGAAACCUCCUGGAUCUUCCCCCUGUUGCUCAAAAAUGGAGAAUACUCUGAUUAACUCUUCCACAACAACCCUUGAGCUAUGAAUGAAGUACCAGUGGGGAGAAAAAGGUUGGCCAAAAAAAAGUCUGUAGAUGGUUUACCCUUUGCACCCCUGGAGAAAGGGCAAGCAGGGUGAGGUGUCCCUCUGUCCCAGCUCUAAAAACAAAAAGCAUCUUCAAGUCUUGAGGAAAGUGGGUAGGAGGGAGCUGGGAGGGGAAGUAGGGAGAUGGAGAGGAUACUGGAGUCCUUUUGCCUUGGAUGGUCCCGGCUGCUCUAGGCAAGGUGGGGGAGGGGAGUGAAAAACGAAGAGAAUGAAAGGAGCUUCCCUGGCAGGAGGGGCAAGUGCCCCAUGCAAAGCCCGAUUGCCAAACUAUUAAGCAAUUUUCAGGGGUCUGGCUGCUCCUCUUCAGGCCAGGAAAGCUUUCGUUAAUCCUCGGCUUUCUGGGACGUAGCCUUGUAACUAUUCCUUCUAUGCUGCUUAGAUUUGAAGCCCCCCCCCCCCCAAUAACCUUCCUGGUAUUGUCUCCUUUUUGUCUAGUCUUUGUUAAAUGCAACAGAUCUUUAAAAAAUAAAAAAAAAUGUAGCAUCCCAGUGGGGCCUCACCUCCACCCACAUCCCACCAAGCAAAUGAGGUACAUUCCUUAAAGAAGAGACAAGGUCCCCAAAUAUCUCUGCCAUUGCUACCUUGAAACGGAAUGCCAGGAAGAUCUUCCUCCACUUCUAGUUCUCCUUGCUGUUGUUAGAGCUUUAUUUAUUGGUUCACUGGGAAGUAGGGGGUUAGGGCUCUUUUUUCCAAUCACGUAUUCUACAUCUUAUCCGAGUCUCACCAAGACCCGGUUAAAGUAGUUAGGAAAGAUGAAGUGGGGUCCCAGAAUUAAGAGUUGGUGACUGCCAGGCCUUCCAACUGACUCAUCCACCUGUGAUCAAAUCCGUUCUCAUACUCUCCCAGUUGUGGCUCCUAUCUAUUAGGCAGGGUGGUCAGUGAUGGAGAUACAGGCUCUAGCUGAGGAAUGGGGGGAGAAAAUAGGGGGUGGCCUUAACUGGCCUACCAGGGAUACUGGCUUCCCCAACCUUGGCCUCAUUUAGUACCACAUGCCAAGCACCUGAACUUCCAGUGGUGUCUGGUGAGUACAGAAUGACUGUUCUUGCCUUCCGUCUAAGAAUGGAGUAACUCCCAAGCCUUUGGCUCUUGUGGCCCAGAAAACUGCUCCCAGGAGCAGUUCAGGAUGGCGAUUGGACAAAGUAAGAGUUAAAAAGUCCAGCCCAUAUUUGAUGGAGAAUCACAAAGGGGUUGGGUUGGAGCUCUCCCUCCUUCUUGGGGCAGCCCAUUCCAUUUUUGGAAAACUUUAAUUGUUAGGAAGUUUUCCUUUAAACCAAGCUUCUUUGCUCCCAAUACCUUUGGUCCUAAUUCUAUGCUGAGGAGCUGAUCAAAACAAAUAUCUUUCCAAGGCAGUCCUUCAGAAGUUCCAGUUCCUGAAAUUUGGAACCUCCUCCAUAACCCAAGAAACUGGGACCAGGGGAUGGGGGAAGCCAGAAAUAGCCUCUCCCAAAGGGCCUUGUUUUUGCACUCAUGCUAAAGGUCUGAACUCGACCUCCCCAAUCUCAAUCACAGUCUAAUUUCAUGUUUCCCUUCUGGGAGCCAGGAGAUACCUUCCUGGAUCCUGUAACUCUAAUCCAACUCCUGCCCCCAAUUUGUGCCAAAUAGGGUCAGGGUGCCUUCACUGGUCUCAGUUUCUUCUUACAUUUGUAAAAUGGGCAGUGAGAACUUAUUCACUUGGCUUGCAGAGCAUUCGUCUCUGCCUCUGAUAUUCCUGUUGUUUGCGGGCUGGGGUGUAGAAAGGAUGUCAGUAGGAACAGUAGGAAAUGGGCAGGAAACUCAGAUCCCAAUCCUACUCUGACCAAGUUCUGUGCUGCAGAAGUUGGAGUUUCAGGGAAAAGUCUGGUUUCCUUUUAAACCAAGAGGUAAACUGUGGACCAAGUGGGAGCUGGUUGUGAUCUAGUUAGGCAUGGGCUUGGCACUCCCUCUCCCUGGGCUACCCAGGCAAGCCCAGGGGAAAUGGUCCUCGUUUCCCCUGGUCCUAUAGCCCUGCCCUGCCAGGUCUCCCUCCCAUCUCGUUGGAUGGGUAGGUUGGGCCUAGGACAGCAGGGGAACCAGGACCAGGUGCUGCUGGUCUAGACCCUCUUCCCCAGCCCCCAAAUUCUACUUAAAGGCUGCAUGAGGCUCAAGCUGUCUUGGAUAUUUUUAUUAAGAUAAAGGCUAUUAUUGUAUAUUUUAUCAAUACGGGUCAUAAUUGCUGUAUUUUUUACCAGUGCUGAUUUCCAUACAGCUCCCCAGCAUGUGUGUAAAAUAUUGUUGGUCCGAUAAUAAAGUUUUUAAAAUAUCUUAAA